CUGUCUUUCUGCCAGCUACAGAAUCAGUGCACAAGUCUCUGCCUGUGAUGCUUAUUCUAGAUGGUCAUGGCUCACACAUCUCACUGAAAGUAGUAACAUGUGCCAGGGAAAACAACACAAUUAUAUUUUGCUUACCACCACACAUAACACACAUUCUACAGCCCUUAGAUAUGAGUGUCUUUCGAACUGUCAAGAGAGCCUGGAGUCAAAUCCUAAAAAUCUACGAAACUGAAACAUGUCAGGCAGUAGUCACAAAAAAAUCCUUUCCUUCUCUACUAAAGAAAUUAUGGGAAAAUAGUGUUUUCCCUGAGCAUUUGGUCAGUGGCUUUCGAGCAACAGGUAUUCAUCCUCUAAACAGAGAAGUUAUUGCACAUGGUGCACUUAACCCAUCAAUGCCUUACACGAAAUGCAGCUAUGAUCGCCUGACAACAGCAACACCAAUCACAGAAAAAAUAACAUCCAUCUUCAAGGAGCAUUUUCAAGCCAAGCUCACUAAGCCUGCCUCUAAGAGUGGAAGACUUCAGCUCAACUAUUACGGAGAAUCAGUGACUAGCGAAGAAGCCGUACAUCGCCUCAGAGAAAGAGAACAUCAAAGAAAGAAAGAAAGAAGAAACGAAGGAAUGUCGAAGUUGACUUAGCUUUACCCCUUAGUAGUAGUCAAGAAAAUCUGUGCCAGGGAUGUGGUAAGGACUAUGAAAACGAUACCACAGAUGAUCAGCAGUGCUGGAUAGGCUGUGAUAAAACAGGCUGCAGAAGGUGGUACCACUACUGGUGCGCCAUGUUUACAGACAUGCCUGAUACGGCUGAGUUGUGGAUCUGCCCAGCAUGUUCUUAAAUACAUCUUUCAUAAAUUCUUCGGUAGAAAUAAUUUCCUUUAUGUAGAAACCAUUUCUCUAUGUAGGAGUAACGUUGGCACCACAUUGUAAAUGGUUGAUAUUAAUGACAAUAAAAUAAUGACGAUGUUGCAAAAUUUUAGACUCAAGUCCAUCUGAUGAAAAGAUGAAUACUUCCUAUGCUGUAAAUUACGUUGCUCGGGCAUAUCCACAGUUCCUUUUCGUCUCUGAUGAUAGUUAGCAGUCUUUCACAUCGUAAAUGACACAGAAACCUCACAAAAAUCGGUUGAAGAUCAAUGGUUACUACAUCCUUGGCGAUGUUGUAGUUU